GAAAUGUUUUUAGCUGAUAGUGGAGUGGUGAGUCUCUACAUUUACUUUUUCGACAUUUCUUUUAAAUUUUGUAGGCGAUCUGGUAGUAAUUAGGAUUCUUUCAUUGCGACCUGGUUCUAGAGGGCAUUGGAAAAUUUGGGGUUUAUUUUGUCACUUAAUUGAAAUUUAUUUGCACAGAUCGUUUCAGGAAAGUGUUUGUUCUUGAUAUUUUGAUUGGUAAUAAGUAGUGAAAGCUUGAAUUUUUGUUGAAUAGGGAGAAAGAUUGUGAUCUUCUUGGGCUACAAUGUCGAUUGCCAGCGUAGCUCUCUGUCCUGUUUAUGAAGACUACUGGAACUUCCCAGGGCGUGUCUCGGGGCAGCGUGGCCCGUGGUCGACUGACUCGAUCUUGAUCUACCUAACAGUUGGUGGUUCAGUGAUUCCUAUGAGGGUUCUUGAAUCAGAUUCAAUUGCUUCUGUCAAACUCAGAAUUCAAGGUUGUAGAGGGUUCUCCGCAAAGCAGCAGAAGCUCGUUUAUGAUGGGAAAGAACUGGCAAGGAACAAUUCUCAGAUGCGGGACUAUGGUGUGUCUGAUGGAAAUGUGUUACAUCUGGUUGUCCGCCUCUCUGAUCUCCAAGCCAUCACAGUUAGGACAGUUUGUGGCAAGGAAAUCGAGUUUCGUGUUCAAAGAAAAAGGAAUGUGGGGUAUGUGAAACAGCAGAUUGCUGAGAGGGGUCAUGGUAUUUUUGAUCUCAAAGAUCAAGAAUUGCUCUGUGAUGGUGAGGAGCUUGAAGAUCAGAGGAUCAUAGACGAUUUAUGUAGGAGCAAUGAUGCUGUGAUUCAUUUACUGGUUCGUAAGUCUGCAAAGCUCAGGGCUGUGCCUGUUGAAAAAGAUUUUGAGGUCUCGAUAGUAGCAUCAGAUGUAGAAGAGAAGGUAGGUGAUAAAGUGAAUAGGUGGAGAAGGAGAAGUCAAACUGAGAAGCUUCCAAUUGUUGCUGUCAAUCCCUUGCCACGAGAGGUUCCAAUAGAACCACUGAUUGUCAACCCUAAGAUCGUCUUGUCACCUGUGAUUGAACAACUAAUUGAUGAGACUCUUAAUGGGCUAGAAAAGGGUAAUCAACCUAUUAGAUCUUCCGAGGGAUCAGGGGGUGCUUAUUUCAUGCAAGAUUUAUCUGGUCAGAAAUAUGUUUCUGUUUUUAAGCCAGUUGAUGAGGAGCCCAUGGCUGUAAAUAAUCCUCGAGGCUUACCCUUGUCCCCUAACGGUGAAGGUUUGAAGGAAGGCACACGAGUAGGGGAAGGGGCGUUCAGGGAAGUUGCAGCAUAUAUUUUGGACCAUCCAAGAGGAGGUCCACGCUCAACUUGUAGUGAUGAGAAAGGCUUUGCUGGCGUCCCGCCUACAGUCAUGGUGAAGUGUCAGCAUAGCACAUUCCACUACUCAGAAGGUUUUGACCGUGCAUCGAGUAAGUUUGGGUCGCUUCAGAUGUUCAUGAAGAACUGCGGUAGCUGUGAGGACAUGGGCCCUCGUGCUUUCCCUGUGGAGGAAGUUCACAAGAUAUGUAUACUCGACAUCAGGUUGGCAAAUGCAGACAGACAUGCUGGCAACAUUCUGAUUCAGAAAGAUGCUGAGGGUCAAAUUGUUCUUAUCCCGAUUGAUCAUGGUUACUGCAUGCCUGAGAAUGUAAGUAUAUUUCUGUUCUCCAAUUUUUAUUUAAUGUUGGAUUAUGAAUAUUAUUUGAGAACAUGUUCAUAUGUUUAUUGGCAUGCAUCCAUUUUGAUGACCUGAUCCUGGCACAGUUAUUGAAUUUCUAGGCACCACAUAUGAUUUAUUUUGUUUAUUAUUGUUCAGCUAGCUUCAUACCUCCUAGCUA